AUAAAAUAUAUAAAAAAGAUUAAACAAGGGAAGUAGAGAAGAAUUUUUGUAACUACACUUCACUUCACGUACACAUUAGAGGCGGUUUUCAGAUUUAAAUACAUCGAAAUGUCUUACUUGCUUAAGUUACUGGCGUUAAUGUCAGCAUUUCUCAUGGCGGAUGCUAUGUUUGGCGCUGUUGGUAAAUUUGCGUCGGGUAAAAGGGAAUCUGUGCCGUGGGGCUCGUUCAAAAAUAUGAAGUACUCACGGAAUGGAAAACGCGAGGUACCUUGGGGUCAACAUCGCAUUCCAUUUCGAUUAAUUGGUAAAAGAUCAUCGGAUCAUCCUCCCCAUCGACUGAUCGGAAAACGGGAUAUUGAAAAUUUGGAAAGCUUAAGAAGUGAAGAGGGACCUUGGAAAAUGUUUGGACGGCCAUUUGGAAAACGAGAAUACGAUGAGAUGUUGAAUUCGGAAAGCUUAAGAACUGAAGAGGGACCUUGGAAAAUGUUUGGACGGCCGUUUGGGAAACGAGAAUACGAUGAGAUGUUGAAUUCGGAAAGCUUAAGAAGUGAAGAGGGACCUUGGAAAAUGUUUGGUCGGCCGUUUGGGAAACGAGAAGACGAAGAUAAUUUUUAUGAUCGUGAUGCGGAUCCUUGGAAUUUAUCUCGGGUACCGUAUGGGUUAGGAAAACGGGAAAGUGAGGGUCCUGAUUGGAGUUACAGACUUCCGUUUUGGACAAGACGGAGCAUCGAAGAAGCGUUAGACCAGUUACCAAUGAGCAUGUUAAGAUCACUUGUUGCAAAAAAAGAAGCUGAUGAAAACUUACCGAUGAGUUUUAUUUCGAAGAAGAGAAGUGAAGAGAAGUCAAAAAUUCCGAUGAGUUUAAUGUCUAGAAAGUCAACCGAUGAAGAGAUGCCGAUGUCUUUAAUGAAUUUAAAGAAGAGCAAUAUUCCAGUCCGUUUUAUGUUAAAUAAAAAAGAGACGGAGAAUAUCUGCAGGCGGGCCAUCGAGGUAUGUUCAAAUUCAAUGGAUAAGAGAGACGCUCGAGAGAAAUUGAUCGAUGACAUCAAAGCAGCCAUGAAAAAAGAUGCGUAAAAAUGGAUCAUGUGAUGUUACGAUAAUACUAAGUUGUCAAUCAAACAUAAAUUAUGCUUGUUUAAGACGUAGUGUAUAUGUAUAUAUGUUCUAAACGAGGGUAUUACAGUCAACUUGGUGCGCCAAA